UGUGGAGGAGUUGAGAUCUCCAGAUAUAGAAGUCAUCAGUCCGCCUCCGACGGCAAGGUCUCCAGCUUCCGAAGUAUAUAUUGAUCUGUUCUUCUCCUCGAGCAGCACACUAACAGCUGGACCAAAAGCUUGCGAAAAUCAAUACGUCAAUAUCGAUGCGGAUGCGUUCCGACUCCGCAGAAGACGCACCGUUAUCUGUCAUCCACGUUCCACCGGGCUUCAGACAAUUUGUGGAGAACCCAAAAUCGUCCCCCCCGCCAUCAAUUGGAACGCCAAACAACCAAAAGCAGCAGCAGAGGACAAGAUCCGCUUCGUCGCCAUCGGAACAAUCAGAGAAUACGGUUGUGUCACCUGCUACACCGGAACGGAGCAAAUUGCACGAGGACAGGCGGCUCUCCUCUGGGAUGAUCACCACCCCGAUCGAUACAAACAUCCCUCGGAAGAAUGCCGACUUCGGUAUUACCCCGCGAGCUUCAAGUGCAAAGGAAGUCGAGGAAGAGUGGAAGAGGAAACGGAACAGCACAGGCUUAGAAGACAUUGCGGAACACGACGACCACGAGAAGGGUGAUGAGGAAGAAGACGAGGAAGAAGAGGUUGAGGAACCAAACGUUCAAUCAAUGGGCCAAGCAUUGCAAGAUCUCAGCAAUGUCGAAGAAGACGUUGGAACGCUACGAGUUGCUCUGGUCGAGUGCUGGACACUAUGCAACACGUUAGCGGGUCUCAGCUCCAUCCACCGAGAACGCAUGUUCAGUUUCGACAACACCGGAUCGGUUCAGGAGCAAGCAUGGAAAUCGUGCUGGCGGCUCUGUCAAAAAUUGUACGACAGCUGGAAUGAAGGUCAGGCCAGCCAAGUCGAACCCACGUUAGAGCUCUGCCGGGAAUUCUGCCAGGCACUGUUCGAAGCAAGGCAGCGAGCCGACGAGAGUUCCGACUCGAUCCUGAGGGUUAGCUUCGAGCUAAACAAUCACCUUUACAACACGAACGACCGAGCACUACCAGAGGCAUUCCGGGAACGGACGUUGGAUUUUUACCUCACCAUGUGCCAUCGACUGAUGAAGCAACGAACGAGUCUGCCAGAGGAAACCGAUUCCCUCCUUCGUGCAUGCUGGUCGCUGGCCGAGAUGCUCUUCAGCCUACGUCAGAGCAACCGCGACGGCAAACCUGCGGACGAAGAACUCAUGUGUUCCGCCGUCCAAGCCUGCUGGGAACUCUGUGACCUGUUCCGCGAAGGCUGGACGCAGGUCCGUCCGGAACGAGGCACCCCGCGACCCGUUCAGCGUGUCUUUCCUCCGUUCUCCAACUCCAGCCAAAAGAACGGUGGAAGCAACCCACCGUCAAUCUACGCCCCCAGCCAAAUCCCCAGCCGUCCCGAGAGCUCCAUGUCGCUUACCGACUCUUUCCGCAAGAUGCCUAACCCCGAAACCCCCACGACUAUCUUUGACGAGCCCACCGAUAUUUCCCCCGAAGAGCCCGAAAUUCCCAACAUCAUGGUGCUAGGCCCGGAGAUGAACAAUAUCCGUUCCCCAACGGCCAACACACGCUGGUCCAGCUCCGCCGCCUCGUCGUCUUCCCGCUCCUCCCUCUCCGAUGCGUCCCACCGCACCCUUUCCGCCACCGGCGUUCCCAUCAACUCCUCCGCAUCCAGCACCCCCAUCCCUCCCGCCGAAGUCGAAGACCCACAUCUGACUCGUCUAAAAGUCCUGAUCCUCAAAGCCGCGCUGAAUAGCGGCUACACUCCAUACGCCCGCGUCCCCACCGGCGUCUCGUCCACAAACUCCAACUCCUCGUCCACCGCCACCCAUUCGACUAGCCUUUCCCUCCUCACCUUCGUCAAAUCCCUCCCCACCACCACCUUCGGAUCCGCGCCCUGGCAGCUCAAGUUGUUGGAGCAAUACAAGCGACUCGUGCUGACGGAUCCGACCCUGCGGGCGCGGGAAAACCUGCCGUUCGGGAGGCGGAUGUCCGCUGCGGAGAUCGCGCGCGCCGUACAGUGGAUGGCCCGGGCAGAGGGGUUCAGCUGGCUGAGGGAUUUGUUCCGGCUCGUUUGCGGGUUUUUUCCCGAGGAUGGGACGGGGGCGGCGGGGAAGGGGUGGGUGGUCACGUAGGCGAGGGUUUUUUGCUGCGAACUUCCUUCGAUGCGUAGCCACGGACUACAUUGCCAUGCAUUUCCGAUCUGUCAUUAUCUGUUCCCUCGUUUCGGUCGACUUCUGCUGUCUCGUGAUUUCACGACGCACUAUACCCAUUUUCCACUUUCGCUAUUUGCAUGAUAUUUGCGGAACUACUAUCCUUUACUUAAUGUCUUGGUCUGCAUGGCGCCAUUUGGUUACGAGGCGCAUCUUGGAGUGAAAAGGAGUCGGGGCCUGUUUCGAGACAGACGACUCAGUGAGAUACUAUC